AAAUAGUAUUUUUUUCAAUGUUAUUAUUCUUAGACAUGAACGUAGUCUUACUUUUAACAUUUUUGGAUAUUCUUUUGAGAAUUCUUCAUCCGUUGCAUGUGUAACUAUUAUUCUUCGACACUCUAAAACAUUACAUUACCCCAACAACUACAUUCCCUACAAAAUCGUGCUCUCCAAAAUUCCAAGCGCCACUUCUUCAAGUAUUUUUAUUCCAGAAAAAAUGCUGUUCAUUUAAGCCACGCUUAAGCAGAGCUACCGCUGUUAUUCAUACAUUAACGUUUAAAGUUCAUUUCCCCGCUUCACAACAGAAAAUCUCUACAAACGCACUGCAACAUUAACUGGUAUCUAUCAGACCGUCAAAUGCACGCGCUCCCUGCUGCAGAAGAUGACGCGCUCAAUGCAAGCACCACUGCAGCCAUACAAAACCAACCACUGACCAACCGGCAACGGGUCUCCAAUGACGCUCUUUUGCUCACACGCCACUCUGCACACAUCUGCAAUACACAGCUGGUGGCUGAGCGUGGCGAGCGCAUAGCUAUCGCGAGCGCUGAGGCGCCUCACAAAAGGCGGAGUUUACAGCGCGGCGCGUAUAAAUAGCGGUGCUCAGAGCGUGAAUAGCACAUAACGAGUGUGUUACUCAAAGUGUACGAUAUUAAUUAGAAUUGCGCAAAGCAAUUGACCUCAAAAUAAAGCAAAAAAAAUAAAAUUUGAAAAAACGCUAAGUCUGAAUAAAAGAAAAAGUAAAUCUCAGCGCCACGUAGAAAAAAAUUGCAAAAUUUCGAGUGUGUGUUUGUGCCAAUUGAACGCGCCACGUCUACACGGAUUACGGGCGAACAACAAGCAAACGUACACGUUACAACAAUUGAACUGGAAACAAAAUUACAAAAAACAAAAACUAAACCAGCAAAUAAACAAGUGAUUUCGAAAUCAGAAUUGAAAAAACUGAAAGUGAACAUUUGUGAAAAAUUUGAAUCUAUCAAGAUUACUGUGUGGAUCUAUAAAGCAUCUACGUGAGAAACGCUGAAAUCCCCUCAAAAAAAAAGAAAACAAAUACCCAAAAAAUUUCUGUAAAUCAGAAAUUUCGCCAAAAGAAAUUCAUUUAUCACAACCUCGCACACGGCCGCCAACGACGACCGUCGCACAACCAACCGCCAAAAUUCUACUCAAAGAACGUAAAGCAGUCAUUUCAAAAAUGAAAUCCCUCACCGCCGUCUGUCAAACAGGUGCCUCCAUGCCGCCCAUGAAUCCGAAUGGACGCAUCGCACGGCAUGCGCCACAACGCGGCGACGGCGAAAAUGCCGAAAUGAAAAUGUACCUCUCCAAACUGAAGGAUCUCGUGCCGUUUAUGCCGAAAAAUCGCAAACUCUCUAAGCUGGAAAUCAUACAGCACGUCAUCGACUAUAUUUGCGAUCUGCAAACCGAGCUGGAGGCACAUCCCGAGAUUGCCAAUUUCGAUGCGGCCAGCGCGCUAAAUAUGUCCGAUGAUUCGGCAAACAAUACGAGCAUGAAUAGUGAAGAGAAUGAACAGCGUUUGGCUGAACGCCUAUCAGGCGCUGAUAGCAGUUAUAGCAGCAUCUUAAUGCAACAGCAACAACAAAAUAGCGCGCUAAACUCCGCCACAUCUAGUCCUGCCUUGAGACAGCCGUUGGCUGAUCGUCAAGCACCGAACACCAUCCUGCCCGGCACAAAUAUGACAGCUGCUGCUGCACAUACCACAAUGGCGUUGCAUAUGCAACAACAACUGCAGCUGCAACAGCAACAGUGGGAGGCACAGAUGCUGCAGCAGCAGCAACAACAGCAAGCGCAGCAGCAACAACAACAAACACAGCAGCAGCAAGCGCAACAGCAACAACAACACCAACAAUUGCCCAGCGGCGAAACGGUGAGUUGUUGAUUUGGCGUGCCGCAGAAGAAGAAGAAUGCUAAUAUUUAAGCGUAGUCUAUAGGUUGUAUAGCACACACACACACACACAUACACACCUGUGUGUGUGUUUCCUGUUUUCGUUAGUUUUGCGGAAAUAUUGUUUUGAAAAAUGUGUGAAAAUUUGUAAUUUAUUUAGUUAAGCAGCUGUAUCCUAUAUUUUAAGCAGAAAACGUAAUGUAAAGCAUGUAAAAAUGAAUAUAUACACAUAUACAUUGAUAUAUAUAUGAAUAUGUGUAGAAAAAAAUUUAAAAAAAACUAAUAAUCGUAUAAAUUGUAUAAAAUUUUUGUUGUUAAAGACUGUUAUAGACAUUUAAGUUGGUCGAAUAAAAUGAAGAAAAAAUUGACUAUUAAUUUGAAAAACAAAAA